UUCUGUUCUGCCGGCUGCACAGUGCGACUGCAUGGCAGAGAGAUUGCGUAGCUUUUUGCAAAAGCUUCAGAGCUGCUGAAGGAGGAGGUAGCAGGAAUGAAAGAGAAGGACUGGCCUGUAAAUCUCAAGGCUCAUGCCCUCCUCUCCGUUCCUCAUUCCCUGCCCAGCAAGCACGACUUGGUGGCAUCGCUUGAAAGCGCUCUGUUUUCAGCAUGCCAUUGGAAAGUGAGCAGAAAGUGCAGAUGGAACAAUCCCUGGCUUGGCUGAGAAGAGAACUGGCUGAAAUGCAACUGCAGGACCAGCAGUUGCUGGAGAAGCUCUUGCAACUACACACUGCUUUGCGAGAGCUGAAAGUGGAGAGCGCAGACUGGGAGAGCUCUGACCCAAGCAGGGAUGGGUUUGGAUCCAGGGCCCGCUCCAGUUCAGAAGAUAUGGGCACCCCCGUCCCACCAAGAAGGUCCUACAAAGUCAGAAGGGACAGGAGAAAUUCUCUACCAUGACAGAGCUACCGAGUUGCUGGGAAUCAGAUGUCCAUUUAAAAAGCAUGUGUCUUUUGUCCAAGGAAAUUUAACAAGUCCACCCUGUGUCCUUUGUGUUUUGUGUCCACCUUGUCCAUUUGAAAAGGAAUCCAAAUCUGUAGUUAGGAAGUAGAAUACAUUACGCAAAGCAUAGUUAAUAUAUGUAUGCAUAAUAUAUUCUGCAUUCAUGAUUCAUAUUAUUUUCAAAUAUUUGGGAUUUUCUUUUUCACACAAACUAGGAUGGGAGUUUGGAGAUGUCAGCAUAAAGUCCCAGAGGGUUGUAUUAUCGUCUUCAAUAACAGCAGUGGAAUAUUUUAUUUUUUUAAAUAUUUAACAUUUCUAGGCAAAAGACACCUUUCCUAAAAAGAACAAUCCUCAGCUUUCAGACUCACAAAUCUAAAAUUGACUGAUAAUACAGUUGGUCCUCCUUAUCUAUGAUUUUUUUCCCCACAGAUCCAAGCAUCCACAGCUUGAAAAUAUUUUU